AGGUUCAGAGAAUGAGUCAGGACGGAGGGGAAGCAGUGAGAGGGAGAAGCCGGCAGUAGAGGGCUUGCCAUUUUGCCAUUCACUGGACAAGGGAGGGGCUAUAACAGACCACCAGAAAAAAGCGCAGACCUCUGACAUGUGUUUCUGUCAGGUUUUACACCUGUUAACCCAGUGAGACCAAAGCAACAUGUCUGAGUGGUCAUUUUACGCUAGAGAAAGUGGGUGAGACCUUAACAGUGAGAGAGAAAACAGUGCGAGUGAGAGAUCAAGCUAAUCAUGAUGCGGUGUUUGUGUGUGUGCUUGUAAGCACAAAAGAGCUCGAGUGAGGUUAUCUGUCCCAGAGCACGAGGCUGUGCAUGGAAACACUGAGUCACGACGACAGUGACGAAGACACUGGGCUCCUGCUCUCUUCCGGACUGAUCAGCCCUCCCCACGUGGAGACCACUUCUCAUUUUCAGCCCUCCUGGAGGACAGCCUGGAGCAGGGCAUCUUUCUCUCCAAGGGCAUCAGGGGCACCUGCACUGGAAGGUGCUCCCCUCUUCUCACCAGUUAGCCUGGACUGACAAGAAACCAAUGGGCUUAUUUAGAAGAGAAACACAGUUACCUUCAUAAAAGAGAUACAAUACGGAGGAGAUUGAGUUGCACACCUGCUGCGGGGGGGGUUCAUCUGUGGAGCUCUAAGGAUAUUUGUACUGUCAGAAGUGACUGAAGGAUUUGACUGUUCUGUCAGUCAAGUAGAGAUAUUUUGGCACCGAUUUGAUGUCUUCUCAGAUUGAAUAUAAGAACCCAUCAUUUUUGAAACGUCCACGUUUUUUUUUUAGGACAUUUCAUUGGGACACAAUCACAUUUCCAUGAAUACUUGGCGUGAACCAUAAAAAGUAGUUUGGAGACGCUGGCUAGUCACAGGAUCAGCAGUGGUCCUCUCCACCCACUCUAUUGUGCCCCACUGCUGUUGGGGAUGGGGUAACUGGCCAUGGUGGUCACACAGCUGGAACUUGAGCUGUGCUAUCAGGGCCAGAAGCUGAGGGGCUUCACCUGUAAGCUGACGCGGUCUGCCCAUGGAGUCCUGCCCGAGAGCUCCUGCCUCAUUGCUCUCCAGGUGGUCGUGCCCUUCCUGGUGGCUGGAUUGGGCAUGGUGGCAGCUGGUAUUGUCAUGGACAUUGUGCAACACUGGGAGGUGUUUAAAGUCAUCACUGAAAUAUUUAUCCUGGUUCCAGCUUUGGUUGGAUUGAAGGGCAACUUGGAGAUGACCCUAGCGUCUAGGCUGUCCACUGCUGCAAACACUGGACAAAUGGAUGACCCAAACCAGCAGUGGAUAAUGGUGUGCAGUAAUCUGGCUCUAAUACAGGUUCAGGCCACAGUGGUGGGCUUCCUGGCUGCCCUGGCUGCAGUGGUGCUGGGGGCAUUCUCUCGAGGUGGAGUGGAACUGGACCAGGCGGCCGUGCUGUGUGCUAGUAGUGUGACCACUGCUUUUGUGGCAGCAUUGUCCUUAGGUCUGGUGAUGAUUGGAGUGAUCAUCGGCUCCAGGAAGGUGGGAAUCAACCCAGACAAUGUGGCCACCCCAAUAGCGGCCAGCUUAGGAGACCUCAUCACCUUGUCCCUGCUAGCUGGAGUCAGCAGCACUCUGUUUGAACACAGAGGCGUGUGGUACCUGGCCCCACUUGUGUGUGUCUUCUUCCUCGUCCUGAUUCCUGUGUGGGUGGUGAUCGCUCGGCGGAGCCCACAGAUCCGUGAGGUCCUCAAGUCCGGCUGGCAGCCUGUCAUCGUGGCCAUGUCCAUCAGCAGUUUUGGAGGUCUUAUUCUUGACAAGACAGUCAGUGACCCUAAGUUUGAGGGGAUGGCUGUUUUUACUCCUGUCAUCAAUGGUGUGGGGGGUAACUUGGUUGCCAUUCAGGCGAGCCGCAUCUCUACCUAUCUCCACUUCUGGAGUGUGCCAGGGGUGCUGCCCUACAAGAUGAGGCAGCACUGGCCCAACCCCUGUGUCACCUUUUUCUCCUCAGGUGUGAACUCCAAAUCGGCAAGAGUGCUGUUUCUGCUGGUGGUGCCUGGUCAUUUAGUUUUCCUGUCAGCAAUAAGUCUUCUUCAGGGAGGACACACUGCCAUCACGGUUGCCUUUACCUGCUGUUACCUCUUUGCUGCUCUUCUUCAGGUGGGGAUCCUUCUCUAUGUGUCUGACGUGAUUGUGAGAUUCAUGUGGAGAAGGGGGCUGGAUCCAGACAACUUUUCCAUCCCGUACCUGACUGCCCUGGGGGACUUGCUGGGGACGGGCUUCUUAGCCCUGUGCUUCCACCUGGUCUCGCUGGUGGAGGGCCUUGGCUUGUGAACAUUAGGCCCCUUCCCUGGGUCUCCCCAUGUGACCUGUCUCUGGGACUCUCCAGAUGCCAGGCAUUUGAUCUCUCCCACCUGAGGCACAGUUUAGCAGGCGGUCAGCCCACUGGGGUGGCACGAGGACGUAGGACUCCGCUUGGCUCAUCAAGAGGGUAUUACUUGCCUGGAAAAACCCGUCGACCUGCACUGGUGACAACUCAUUUACCAGGAAGCAUCAUCUGAAUUAUUUAAUUAUAAUAAAUGCUUACACACACCCACACACACAACUGGAUUACACUGGAUUAGACGUGACUGGACUAUUAAUUGACUUAAUUGUCAUUGCCAAAACUAUUACUUUUGUGCCACGUAUGAUAUGAAUUAGAUAAUGUUUACAGUAUUCAUGGAUGCAGGAAGCAUUGGCUAUUUGCACAGUGUAGUAGGGUAUAAGAAAAAAAAACAUUCUUGUCAGUUUUUCGGUACCCAAUUGUGAAAUGACAUUGGGUGAAGUUAGAUUGUUAAAUAUAAGCAUUGCAUAACAUAGCAGUACAGCUUUAACUAUGUCUGUAACCCUGGCUUGUGGUUACCAUCUCUAUGAGGUGAACAUACGAUUAAAACGACAUGACUUGUGCUUUGCUUGCACAUUAGGAAUAUAGCGUUUCAUACACUUGACUUUAUAUUUCCUUAAAAAGUAUGCUAAAUUUGAUACCACAUUCAGUAGGCCUACCACUUCUUGUUGUAAAUCCCUAAUUAACUUCUACAUUUGAAAAUGUUAUUUUAUUUUUAAUAUCAUUAUGAAAUAGUUUCAUGUUUGUUUCCAUAUAUUUAAACAUUAUUUAAAAAUGCGCAUUUUUGUGAAAUUUUCUUGUAAAUAUGGCAGCAGUAUUACAGUCAAAUAAAUACAAUCUACACAUAUUUUGUUUUCAAAGUGUUCACAAGCGUUCCCUCCAUAGAGAAGCUUCCGUGCGUUCACGUUCUUUAACACAUGGGAAAUGUGUGUGUUUGAUGGUCUUGAAUGUUCACUGUAUCAUUGCUGAGAAGACAAUAAAGACAUCCUACCAUAA